GCAUUCCAUAACUUGUCAUCUACGGAAGUUGAACUUCUGAGUAAAACCUAAUGAAACCUACCAACUUGCCGUUUUUUUCAAGUUUUAGCGGAGCGUGCUGUACUGAGUUUCGGGAGACUCGCUGAUGUUGAAAGUAGGUAUAGCAAAAGUGACGCGUGCGAUGUGACGGCUAUUAUUUCACCUUUGUUAAAUAAAUGAUAUAUUUGAUGACGUACUGGAAGUGGAGUUGAAGAACAAAGAAUGUCUAAUAAAAAUCAGCAGAAUGGAAAUAUAUCUGAAGAAGAGAUGGAGACGGACCCUGUUCAGGAAGCUGGUUAUGACACCGAUGAGGAAGGUGGUUUGCGAGUUGAUGAUGAUAUUUACAUAGCACCGCCACCUAAAAAAGUUAAUGAAUUGAGUGAUAACGAUCCUAGAUUGAUAAUUACUAAGAUUGUCAAUGAGAAUUUUAAAAGCUACGCUGGUAAACAGGUUGUUGGUCCCUUUCACAAGUGUUUUUCAGCCAUUGUGGGUCCAAAUGGUAGCGGCAAGAGUAAUGUCAUUGACUCUAUGUUAUUUGUAUUUGGUUAUAGAGCUAGUAAAAUUCGCUCGAAAAAGAUUUCUGUUUUAAUACACAAUUCUAGUGAGCAUCAAGAUGUUAGAAGUUGCACUGUCUCAGUGUAUUUCGAACAAAUUAUUGAUAAGCCAGGAUCCGAUUACGAUAUUGUCCCAAACGGGGGCUUCAAGAUAUCGAGAACAGCAUUUAAAGACAACUCAUCAUUUUACGAACUUAACGGGAAGAAAGUGCAAUUUAAAGAAAUUGCUAAACUAUUACGUUCUCAUAGGGUCGAUCUUGACUAUAAUCGUUUUUUGAUUUUACAAGGAGAGGUUGAACAAAUAGCUAUGAUGAAACCAAAAGGCCAAUCCGAACAUGAUAUCGGAAUGCUUGAAUUUCUGGAGGACAUUAUCGGUACAGCUCGCUACAAGGAACCUCUAAAUAGACUUUCUGAGAAGGUCGAAGUGCUCACGGAGCGCAGAGUCGAGAAAUUAAAUCGUCUACGGGUAGUCGAAAAAGAGAAGGACGACCUGGAGGAACCAAUGCAAGACGCGAUUCAAUAUUUGAAGAUAGAAAAUAUAAUAAUAAAACUUCAAUACCAGCUGUAUCAUUGCAAACGACGGGAAGCGGCUAAAGUACUGACAACGCAUGAGGAGAAGAAGCAGGAACUGGACAAGGACUUCAGCGACUUGACGGAACAGAUGAGUGUCGUUCACAAGGAGUUGCAAGUCAAGAAGGCAGAAUUGAAGGAGAAGAGUAAAAAGUGGGAACAACUGCAGCAGAAGAAGGAAGCGACAACGGAGAAGUUUGACAAUAUCAGAAAACAGGAUGAAGCUCUGCACGCAGAAUUGGUAGAAACUAACAAAAGACGCAAAGCCAAUCUAGCUUCAGUCAAAACAGAAAAGGCCAAACUGGAGGAACUUGCAUCUGUGCCUGAAAAGAAUGCGAAGACCAUAGAAGAAUGUGAAAUUGUUGCAGAAAAAACAGUUAAACAACAAGAAUGUGAAGAAGCUGCUCUGGCAACACUGAUGAGCGGUUUACGCGAGAAAACGGAACCAUUGCUCAAACAACGGUCAGAACUAGAAACAGAAUUGAUAACUCACAGGAAGAACGUCGACCAGGUAAAAGCAGCGUUCGACAUUGCAAAGUCCGAACUGCAACUUUAUACUUCAGUAGAAGAGACAGAAAAGUCGAAGCUUGAGAAUUUGCAUAAAACUCUACAAGUGACGAUAGAAACGUUGAAGGAACGUCAAUGUCAGCUGCAAAGUUUCGAGCAGAAGAUCCCGGCGACUCGUCGAAGUUUGGAUGAGGUACGUAAGGAUCUUGAGGAAACAAAGCAACGGGAAUUCGAAGUAUCAAACAAAUUGAGAAACAUGAGAGUUCAAGUUGAAGAGAAACGUUGUGCAAUGAAUGCGAGCAGGUCUAGAAACAGAGUUCUGGAUUCCUUGAUGCAGGAGAAGCAGGCUGGACGAUUACCUGGUAUCUUUGGCAGACUGGGUGACCUGGGUGCAAUAGAUGCGAAAUAUGAUGUAGCUGUUUCGACAGCAUGUGGUCCUCUGGAUAACAUCGUGGUGGACACUGUAGCCACGGCUCAGACCUGCGUACAGUUUCUUCGCGACCGUGACAUAGGUCGUGCGACCUUUAUUCCUUUAGAGAAGCAACAGCCAUUACUUCAACAAUGUCGACAGAAAAUACAAACCCCGGAAAAUGUACCGCGACUUUUUGAUUUAAUUAAAGUCGAGGACGAGAGGGUUCUGCCGGCAUUUUACUAUGGCGUCAGAAAUACUUUGGUGGCGAAGGACCUGGAACAAGCAACCCGAGUUGCCUACGGCGCCCAGCGUCACAGGGUUGUUACUCUCAAGGGCGAAUUGAUCGAAACUUCCGGUACAAUGAGUGGCGGUGGUCGUACCGUGCUGAAGGGUAGAAUGGGUCAGAGUGUUGUUCGAAGCGAACCAUCAGCGGCAGAUAUUGAGAAACUCGAGAAAGACUUGGAGAUCGUCUAUCAGGAAUGCAAUUCACUGCGAGCAAAGCAACAACCACUGGAGGGACAGAUACAGACUCUUUCAAAUGCCCUGAAGGAUAUGACUAUGGACAAAGAAAAAUUUACCAUCGAAGUUCGAGCACUAAAAGAGCAGGAACCGCUGCUUAAGUCACAACUGAAGGUCCAAGAAAAGAAGGUAGCCGAGGCUACUUCAAAUCCGCAGAAAGUAAAGAAAUUGACAGAGACAGUGGAGAUGGCCGAAAAAAAAGCAAAGAAGGUCGAAGCAGAUGCGAAGUCCGUAAUGGAUAAAGUGGAGGUGAUUAACCAAAAAAUCGAUGAAAUUUCCGGUGGCAAGGUGAAGGAGCAGCAGCACAAAAUUACGGGACUGACAAAAACGAUCGACAAAAUGAAAGCGGAGGUGUGCAAACUGCAAGUGGCGAUAAAAACGGCAGAAAGAACAGCGAAGAAAACGGAGCAGCACAUCGAGGCCUUGGAGAAUGACGUGCACGCGUGUGAGCAGCGGCUUCGGGACAUACAAAAGGAGAAGACGGAGCUGGAGGCUGAGGCGAAGGUCUACCUGGAGGAACUGAAAGAGAUUAGCGGGACCCUCAUCGAGAGGGAAGAAGCUACCUCGGGUUUAAAGGAGGAACUUGAGGAGCUGCAGAAGAGAGAGGGCAAGAUGAAGGCUGUCAAGAUCGACUUGGAUCAACAGAUCAAUGAGACUCAUAAAGCGCUGAAGGAGAUCCAGCAUAGGAUUGUGGAUUAUGGCAAGAGGAUAGACGGCCUGAAGCUUCGGGACAUUCCGGGGCAACCUCAAGAGGGGCUCCAGGAACCGACGGAGGAACAGCUGUCUGUCCUGGACGAGAAGACCAUAAGCUCUCAACUGCAGAAAACAAAGGAGAGGUUGCCGGAGGAGAUACCUAACAUGCAAUUAAUUUCGCAGUAUCAAGAAAAAGACACGCUAUACUUGCAACGCGCUGCAGAACUUGACGCAAUAACGAAACAGCGAAAUAAUCUUCGCGAUGUUUAUGAGUUGGCGAGACGUCGUAGAACUCAGGAAUUUCUCAGUGGAUUCUCCGUAAUAACCGGAAGACUGAAGGAAAUGUACCAAAUGAUUACACUUGGAGGUGAUGCUGAGCUGGAACUCGUCGAUUCCCUUGAUCCCUUCAGUGAAGGAAUCGUCUUCAGUGUGAGACCUCCCAAAAAAUCCUGGAAGAACAUUAGCAAUUUGAGUGGCGGUGAAAAAACCCUGAGUUCUUUGGCUUUGGUUUUUGCUUUGCAUCAUUACAAACCGACACCACUGUACUUUAUGGACGAAAUCGACGCCGCCCUUGACUUCAAGAACGUGUCGAUAGUCGGCAACUAUAUCAAGGAGAGGACUAAGAACGCUCAAUUUAUUAUAAUCUCUCUACGGUCGAAUAUGUUCGAACUCGCUGAUUAUCUCGUAGGGAUUUAUAAAACGUACAAUUGCACGAAGUGCGCUCCAUUAGAUCUUGCAAAGUUUUACGAACGUCAUGGUUCACCACCUCAGCCUUACACGCAAUCUGCUUCAUCAAGACACAUUUAUGGGUCGCAGCCACCGAAGUCGUUCACGCAGAAUCCACCUGGCAAGGAUAACGCACCACAGGAUAACCCUGGAUUCAGGUCCACGUGUCCAGGUCAAGUCGAGACUACUAGUAUUGUAAGAGAAGAAGCGGAUACUAGCCUGGGGUUGCCAGAAUUGGGACCCUGUCCGUCGCCCCUGAAAGCAACUUCGCCUCAAAAAAGGUCGGAAGAAUCAGAAAAAGAAGCUGUGGAAGGCACACCAGAUGCACCUGUGCGAAAGAGACGCAAGCUGCAGGCAAAAUGAAACUGGUUAUUAAGGUGUUAUUUCUUACUGGGAGUGACACAGUGAGACGCGUCUAUUUUCUUUUAAAACAGUAGACUUUAGAUCUUAUAUCUUGUACAUAAAAUGCCCUAUAAGCGCGAUGAAAAUCUUGUGAAGAUUUUACAUUUAACGGAUCUCCGUCGGCUCGACGUUGAAUCACGUUUCAAUCAAUCGAAAGUUAUCUUCAAGUCAGGACUAAUACAUAAUCUGUUAUUGUGCUUGAGAAAAGCUUUUCAAGCUAUCUUCGAUUUGAACAUCCAUCGAUUGUCGAAUUAACUAGUUCAUAGAUAAAAAAUGGAGUAUGAAACAAAUAUUGAAAAUAUAUAAUAGAAGAAUCUUUAGCACAAUACAACUGGAACUGAUCGCAGCAAUAUUUUUUUACAUAUUUCUACAAUAAACAUUUGGUUACUGCCUGUACUGUA